GAGAAAUGAGUGUUGGACGCAGAAGAUUAAAGCUGCUGGGAAUUCUGAUGAUGGUAAACAUUUUUAUUUAUGUGAUUGUGGAAGUCUCAAAAAGUGGCAGCCAAGACAAGAAUGCAAAAGGCCGUGUUGUUAUACCACGUAGCAAAUUCUGGAGAAAAUAUACUCCUCACAAAGCUUACUGGAACAAACAGCAGCAGAAGCUUGAACUGCUGUACAACCCCAUUCUGACUUUGCUUUCCAAUAUGACAGUGGAAGAGAACUUAGCUGCUAACCUGAGUGUUCUCAGUUCCUGUGACCCUGACCCAUGGGUAUCUUCAGAGGUUAGUGACUUUGCUAACUUGCCAGACAGAUUCAAAGACUUUCUGCUUUAUCUGAGAUGUAGAAAUUAUUCGUUAUUAAUGGAUCAGCCAAACAAGUGCAAACAUAAACCUUUUCUGCUGCUGGCUAUUAAGUCACUUACACCCCAUUUUGAUAGAAGGCAAGCAAUUAGAGAAUCCUGGGGCAAGGAGAUAAACUCAGGGGAUGUGACAGUCAGAAGGGUCUUCUUACUUGGACAGACUCCACCAGAGGAUAAUUUUCCUGAUCUUUCAGACAUGCUAAAAUUUGAGAGUGAAACCCACCAAGACAUUCUCCUCUGGAACUACAGAGACACUUUCUUCAAUUUAACUCUGAAAGAGGUACUGUUCCUUAAGUGGGUCAGCAGCAGCUGUGCAAACGUCCAGUUUAUUUUUAAGGGUGAUGAUGAUGUUUUUGUGAAUACCCAUCAGAUCCUGGACUACUUGAAGAGCUUAUCAAAGGACAAAGCCAAAGACUUAUUUGUAGGCGAUGUGAUCAAAGAUGCUGGACCUCAUAGAGAAAAGAAAUUGAAGUACUACAUCCCAGAAAGUGUUUAUGAAGGUUCAUAUCCUCCGUACGCAGGAGGUGGUGGGUUUCUGUACUCUGGUGACUUGGCAUUAAGACUCAAUAAUGCAUCUGACCAAGUACUCCUUUACCCCAUUGAUGAUGUUUAUACUGGAAUGUGCCUUCAGAAGCUUGGGCUUGCUCCGGAGAAACACAAAGGCUUCAAAACGUUUGAUAUCGAAGAGAAAUACAGAAAUAACAUAUGUUCCUACACAAACUUAAUGUUAGUACAUAGUAGAAAACCUCAAGAAAUGAUUAAGAUUUGGACACGCUUGCAAGAUCCACACUUAAGUUGCUAAAGUAAUGUGCGUAAGUGUCUUAAAUCCAAAUAACUUCCCAAGUUUGGGGCUGACUUUUUUGGUGGUUCACAGAAUGUCUGUUUAAUGGUUGAAUUUUCUCUGUAAAUUUUCUCCUGUACUUCUGAAGAUGAGAAUAAUACUAAAAUUUGAAGGGAUGGCUUUGAAGACUUGGUCCUGACUUUUCCACUGUCCUGGUGGUCGUUAUGUUUCAAUAUUUGUCUGAAUUUUAAAAAGGAUUUCCAGGAUAUAACUAGCUGUCAGUGACUGGUUAGCUGUAUUGGAAACAGGGAUUGCCUACCACAGUGCAUCUUUCAUUAAUUGUGGUGGUGGAAGAUAAUUUUUCCUUGAGUAAUGUUUUUGUGUGGAAACCACUGUAAAUUGGAAAUACACAAAUUGGAGGAAUGUAGUUUUAGGUAUG